CAACCCAACCAACACUAACAAUAACUAAUCUAUGUCCCCCACCUCCAGCCAUCCCACAUGUAAGUCUCUGUCAAAAUCUCAGCCAUCUGGGGAUUGAAAGAUUGAAAGCGAAGUCUCAGUGGGCAAAUGGAUAUACCAACAAUGGCAGGAGUGAGUUUGCAUCAUUACACCCUCCACGUUAUAUGAAGCUUUGGGAGAGAGCUUCUCAGCUAUGGAAAGUACCAACCCAGAAGGGCUAUUGGAGAUCUCCGAAAAGGGUUAAUGAAUAACAAUGGAGGGUAUGUUGGGUUUCUCGUUUCGGGGACAAUUUUCAUCUGAAGCUUCUCUAAUUCAAUAAUGGAGUUCGGCUUCCUAUAGGGAAAAUUUGCUACACUGGACAGAACGCUUGUAAUGGAUUCCAUCGUUCUUAGAGGAGGGGACUGUAAGCCAAUGCUAGGAGUCAUGGGGCAGGACCGGUUCGUUGAUGAUGAUGGAGCUCCGGAGCUUCUGUUAGGAACACCAAGAAGGAACCAGCAAUGCAACCAGGCAGAGGGAGAAAUCAAUUGCAGUGUUCUUCAAGUUCAAAUAGGAGAAAGAGAAGCCAUGAUGAUGUUCAAGAUCAUAUUCCAUACACCUUACAUAAGGCCACAUGUCAUAGUCCUUACUAAAGAACAAGCUGAAGCACUAUGGAAAUCCAAACAUAAGCUCCCUAAGAACUUCAAGGUUCUGGUCUCGGAAAUGGAGUGUGCAGCUCCAGCUGGUUCACUUGUUGUAGAGGAGAACGACUGCCUUCCCUGGGACGCAUCUAAUGUGGUUGAUCAAUUACCGGGAAAGAACCCUAGACUAUUGAAGGAUUUGGAAGACAAGGUUGAAGACCAUGGAUCCAAUGGUUUAAGGAAGCAAUCUGUGCCUCCUGCCUUGUCUAGCAAGUCAUCUUGUGAUGCAAAGUCAGAGGAAUUAUGUUUAGGUACUACUAGUAUUGAACAUGGCGGCAUAAUAUGUGUUUCUUCUAUCAAAGUGCCUCCUCCAUCCAAGAUCAUAUGUUCCCCAAGAAUCCCUCAAACUCCAGUUUCUACGAGGUAUCCGAAUGCAGCAGCAUAUUUAGGCCUUGGUAUUACAGCAUUGUUACAUGAUGAUGUUUCAUCUACUACUACUGAUGAAUCUAAGCAUUUAAGUCCAGCAGCCAUUGCUGUUCCCUCUCAUGUUAGAAAUGUCGGGAAACCAGUUCACCUCAGUGCCACGUUUGAUGUGAACCUACUACCUCAAGAUUCAUCCCAAUCUCAUCAGGACUGUACAAACAACGAAACUUCUUCUGAAGCAAAGAAAUCACCAAUUCCUCCUCCACCACCUCUACCUCAGUUACCGCUGGUUAGAAAUUCAGCUUUCAGAACAGUCAAAGCAAAGCCAACCAUUAAAGCUGCAACACUCAAUGAUCCCCCUCUUCCUCCUCCUCUACCUCCUUUGCUUGCUAAGCAGGAAAGCUCACCACCAUUCAAACGACAGCCAGACCCUCCUUCUCCACCACCUCCACCACCAUCUACUUUACCAAAAGUAACCCUGCCACCACCACCAGUUCCUCCAGUGAAAGGAAUACUUACAAACAGGAAUGUGCCUCCAGUUCCUGGGCCACCACGAGCAGGGUUGAUGCCACGGUCAAGAAUUCAAGCUCAACCAAAAAGGUCCAGCCUGAAACCAUAUCAUUGGCUGAAAUUGACUAGGGCAACUCAGGGGAGCAUAUGGGCUGAGGCUCAGAAGUACCCUAAUGACACUUCCAUGGCUCCUGAAUUUGACAUGUCAGAACUUGAGAUCCUGUUUUCAGCAGCUGCUACUCCGAGUUCUGAGAUGAAAGGCAUUGGAGCCAAAUCAAAGCGGCGUGCCUCUGGACUACGGAAAUCUGAGAAAGUUCAACUGAUUGAGCUUAGACGUGCAUACAACUGUGAGAUCAUGCUGACAAAAGUUAAGAUUCCUCUCCAUGAUCUGAUGAGUUCAAUUCUUGCGUUGGAUGAUUCAGUGUUGGAUGUCGAUCAAGUCGAUAGCCUUGUUAAGUUUUGUCCAACUAAAGAAGAAAUGGAAUUGCUCAAGGGCUAUAAAGGAGACAAUGAAAGAUUGGGGAAAUGUGAAAAGUUCUUCUUGGAACUAAUGAAAGUGCCGCGGGUGGAGUCCAAGUUAAGGGUGUUUUCAUUCAAGUUGCAGUUCUCCCAGCAGGUUUCUGACCUAAGGAGAAACUUGAAUGUUGUUAAUUCAGCAGCCGAAGAGAUCAGAAGUUCACUGAAGUUAAAAAGGAUCAUGCAAUCUGUCCUCUCCCUUGGAAAUGCUGUGAACCAAGGAACUGCAAGGGGUUCUGCUGUUGGCUUUCGAUUAGACAGUCUCCUCAAACUCACGGAUACUCGAUCUAGGGACAACAAGAUGACCCUCAUGCACUAUCUUUGUAAGACAUUUGCUGCGAAGAUGCCAGAACUCCUUGACUUCUCCAAAGAACUUGUGAGCUUGGAGGCUGCAACGAAAAUACAAUUGAAAUAUUUAGCUGAGGAGAUGCAAGCCAUUAGCAAAGGUCUGGAGAAAGUUCUACAAGAGUUGUCAGCCUCAGAGAAGAAUGAUGGCACUGUGGCAGAAUACUUCUGUAAGAUCAUGAGGGAAUUCUUGAGCUAUGCAGAAAGGGAAGUGAAGUCCUUGGGCUCACUCUAUUCGAGUGUCGGUAGAAACGUAGAUGCAUUGGCUCUAUAUUUCGGCGAAGAUCCAGCCCGCUGCCCUUUUGAACAAGUUGUCUCAACUCUGCUGAAUUUCAAGAGGAUGUUCGCUCGAGCGCACGAGGAAAACAUCAAGCGAAUCGAACUCGAGAGGCGCAAGGCAAAGAAGGAAGCUGAAAAGCAAAGAAGCAACCUCAUCAAUGGUGAUUCCAGAAGGGAGCCUGCUGUAGAUUUCGUGCAAUCUAUUAGGAGUAGGUAUAUAAGAUGAAUAGACAAUCCUUAACAAGGAUAUAGUGGACAUUUCCCCCUAGAUACUAAUCCUGGUGCAACAAGGAAUAACCACAUGUUGUAAAUUUGUAUACGGAUCAAAGGUAAAGGGUAGUGGGCCAGCUCGCGAGGCCCAAUAGUCUUAUCUUUCUUCACUUCUGUAUUAAUGGGCCGGUCUUACGGUGCCAUUUCGAAAGCCCAAAGGGAAUAACUACCGGGUAUUCUCGUAAAUAGUCCAUUUCGAUGUAACUUCAACGUCAUUUGCCAUCUCCCCCGGCCAUCUGGAAAAUUUCACAUUUCCCGCCCAAUUUCUCGGGUCAAAAUAUCGAGGCAAUAGCUAGGGUUCCGGCAUUUCCUCCCCAUUUCUCGAUCUCCG